AUGUCCAGCUCGAAGAUUACCGCAACGACUGCCGAUAUCCUAAAAGCCAGUGGGGCAGAAGUACCAUGGGUUGAGAAGUAUCGGCCGAUCAUCUUGGAUGAUAUCACUGGGAACACGGACACGAUCGAACGCCUUAAAGUGAUUGCUCGGGAUGGGAAUUGUCCUCAUAUCAUCAUUUCUGGUGCACCUGGAAUAGGAAAGACGACUAGUAUACUUUGUUUGGCUCAUGCACUCCUCGGUGACGCGUACAAAGAGGGUGUCUUAGAACUCAACGCGUCUGAUGAAAGAGGAAUCGAUGUAGUGAGAAAUAAGAUUAAGACCUUCGCCAACACCAAGGUAACUCUUCCAGCCGGUCGACACAAGAUCAUCAUUUUAGAUGAGGCGGACUCGAUGACAGCCGGAGCUCAACAAGCACUCCGAAGAACGAUGGAGAUUUACUCGAACACGACCCGGUUUGCGCUUGCAUGCAACAACAGCAGUAAGAUCAUCGAGCCCAUCCAGAGUCGAUGUGCGAUCCUGAGAUACGGGAAACUGAAGGACCAGGAAGUGCUCAAACGAUUAGUCGAGAUCGCCAGUGCCGAAAAUGUGAAAUACGCAGAAGACGGCUUGGCGGCCUUGAUAUUCACCUCAGAAGGAGACAUGCGUCAGGCCAUCAAUAACCUACAAUCGACCGUCUCCGGUUUCGGAUUCGUCUCCGCCGAGUCCGUCUUCAAAGUCUGUGACCAACCCCAUCCAGUGGUCAUCCAAAAACUCUUGUCAUCCUGUGAAAAAGGCGACUUGAGUGAUGCCCUGGAUCAACUUGAGGUGCUGUGGGAACAGGGCUAUAGCGCAUUAGAUAUCAUCAGUACUUUGCUGAAAGUCGUCAAGGGCAUGGAUCGUAUGUCUGAAUUCUUAAAACUGGAAUUUAUAAAGGAAAUAGGCUUCACUCAUAUGCGCAUUCUCGAAGGUGUUAGCACACUUGUCCAAUUGGGAGGCUUGUUAUCUAGAUUAUGUAAACUCAAGAUAGAUCCUAAAAAAUUCACAAUUUGA